AUGUCAGGUUCCCUACCUCACGAUGUCUUGAUCGACGUCCUCACUAGACUACCUAUCAAAACCCUCAUCCGGUGCGCUUGUGUCUGCAAGUCAUGGUACUCUUUGGUCACAAACCCUAGUUUCAUCACCACACACCUCAAUGUGAGCAGCAACAACAGCAACGACCUUGUUUUAAUUCGAAGCGUCUAUGGUGAUGAUGCCAAUCAAGUGAAUUACUCACUACUUCGUUGCGAAAACGAAGUGUUGUGUGAUUAUGCAAAGCUUGAGCUUCCACUGAAGACAGACAACAACCACUAUUUGAGGAUAAUGGGUAGCUGCAAUGGGCUCGUGUGCCUUUCCCAUGAUUAUGUGCUUUAUCUAUGGAAUCCAUCGAUUAGGAAGACAAUUGCCCUUCCACCAUUACGGGUCAAUUUUCAAUCACACGGAGCUUUUGUGCAUACCAUUGGGAUCGGCUACAAUGCCCAGACUGAUGACUACAAGGUUAUCAGGAUUGUGUAUCUCCACAAAACCAAUAAUUUUCAACCUCCGGCAGAGAUUGAUAUUUUCAGUCUGAGCACAGGCACAUGGCGGAACAUCAGCCAUUUGGGUCCUCCACAUAUUAUCAACCAGUGGGCUCUACCGGUUUAUCUGAACGGAGCCGCACAUUGGAUCUCUUAUGGUAAGAGAGGAGAAAAUUUCUUCCGUUUGAUCGUGUCAUUCCACAUGGUUGAUGAGAUAUUUGGCGAGAUCAUGUUGCCUGGUAGCAUUUCUGGUAGUAACCACUCAGGGUUGAGUGUUCUUGUUGCUAAGUUUCAAGAAUCACUCUCUCUGAUUGAUUGUCAUUGGCGCAAUGAUACUUGGUGCAUAUGGGUGAUGAAGGAGUAUGGCAUAUCAGAUUCUUGGACACAACUUUUCAAUAUUCAUGCUAGCGUUGGACUCCGUAGUGUAGUCGGCUUCACAAAGAAAGGCGAAGUUGUGUUGAGGUUCUAUUCCAGUACUGAACGAAAAGGCGAAGUUCUGUUGAGUUUAUAUUCCAAUACCGAACGAAAAAUGUAUCUUAGUAUUAGUGGAACUACAUUUUAUGCAGAUGCUUAUACUGAGAGCCUGGUUUUAUUUGGAACAAAAUUUGGUAAUACCGGGACCUGUACAGAUUCACCUAUUUUGGACGGAGAAGGGAAUGGAGCUAGGAAAUCCCUGAAAAGAAGAGCAAACUCAGCUCACUCUUUUAUGCCAAAACAUUUGGAAUCUUAA